UGAAGUGCAAUAAGUGAGAGCAGAAGACAGAGUCAACAGUGACAGUUUGGCAGCAGCCAUAAACAUUCAAAUUCCAAGCUUUUUCAGAUUGGUCAUACUUCUCCACAGUAACACACACCCACUUUUCUGCAACAAUUGCUCGGUUACUAAAUGCCCCAGUUCUAGCCAUAAGGGCACGGACAUGGAGGGUCCCUAUCCCAUACCUGUACUUUGCUGCUCCCUCAUUCAAUUGGCCGCUUCAUUCAACAUCAACCACCGCACCACACUUCGCAAAAGAAAAAGUAAUCAAGAAUGGAAGGGAGACGAACACAUUCCAGCGUUUGGGAACUGGGAUUUCACCAAUGAGUUUCCAAUCACUCGUUAUUUCGAGUGUGCCACACAGGCCCGUCUUCAUAACAAACCUCGUCAUCUCCGAAAUCAUAUCAAACAGGAAACGAGGAACAAGGAGAGGAGGUGCCGACAUGUUAAUGGUAAUGCUAACAAAGGAAAAGUGUACGACGUAAGGGAACAGCAGAGGAAGCCAAAUAGAAUAAGCAAGCAUGUGCAGGUGCAGGUACAACAACACGACACCGUUCCACGAACUCCCAAACCUGUUGACGAAGAUCUCUAUAAGAUCCCUCCCGAACUCCUCCACACCACCAACAAACGGAAGAAAUUGCUGGGGUUCAUUUCCAAGUGUCUUGUACUGCUUGUGUGUCAUGAGCAUUCUAAACUGAAACAGUGAAACUCCUAUCCAAAGUCAAUCGAUAACGCCGUCAUUCGAAGGAGUUUUUCGAGAGGGAACAACUGUGUUUAAUUUUAAUAAUGCUGACAGUGAUGUGCCCAGCUAAAUACAGGGUUUAGAUGUCGAACAUGAAUGAAUGCAUUUUGCUUUUUAUUGGCCAUGGUUUCCUUCAUUCAGG